CCUGUCCAGCGCCUCCUCCCAUUACUCGCGCCGCGACGGCGACACGCGACACCUCCUCCUCGCGCUCGGCUCGUCUCGCCCUCCACCACCUCCCCGCCGCCCAGCCCAGCACAGCGUCCAGCCGCCAUGCCGUCCGCCUACGCCUCGCGGCACCGCGGCAGUGGCGGCGGGGGUAUGUCCACGACCACGGUGCUCGCGGCCAAGGUGGCGUUCGCGUCCGCCGCGCUGGCCGCGGCCGCGUCCUUGGCGCGCCUCGCCGUCCCGCAGCUCGUGUCCGUGGCCGGCGCCGUGCUCCCGCGCGCGUGGGCCGUCGCGCGCUUCUGGCUCGUCCCGCCCUACCUCUUCGUCACCGUGCACCUCAUCAUCCUCGUCAUCUGGAAGCUCUCCGACCACAAGCACUUCCAGCAAGCGCAGGCGAACCAGCACAAGGACCCCUGGCCGGUCGCGCAGCACACGCCGCACCCGCCGGCGGCCUCUGUCCCCGCCGCCGAGGUGGCUGCCCCCGCCGUCAAGGCCAAGGAGGAGUUCGACGCCGACGCCGGGUACGCCGGCCACCUGGAGCACGAGUUCUCCCCGGACUCCGGCGGCGGCGAGUCCUGCGUCACCACGGAGUCCGACGAGGACGCCUCUUCCUCCCCGUCCUACGUCACGGACUCGUGGCGCAGCAUGGCGCCGGCGCAGGAACGCGCGGUCCUCGAACGGGAGCUCUCGCUGCCGUCCCAGUCCGUGGACUGCGACGGCGACGGCGACGACGACAUGGACGCCAUGUGGAAGGCCAUCAUGCAGAAGACGCGCCCGGCUGCUGCCGCGGCACCAGCGCCGGCGUCUCCCCCUCCCGCGCAGCGAUCGCCGCAGCGGCCGCCACCGAGGGCGCGGGACCCGUCGCUCGGCGCGGAGGAGAUGAACCGGCGGUUCGACGACUUCAUCAAGAAGAACCGCAACUCCUUCGGGCGGCAAUAGGCGCCCUCCGAUCCGACCCACCCUCCCCGCCGCCGCCGUACGAUGCGUAUAUAGACACAUGCAUCUUUGGUUUUUCAUCUUGGUGUGCCUCCGAAGAGAUCGCCGGAGCGGAGGGAGGCGGGUCAAUCCCAAUCGCCAUGCUUAGGCUGCGAACGUUCUGGAUGGAUUAUUGGAUGGAGGUGCUGUGGGAGUAGCUAGAGAUGACCUUAAUGCGCUGAAAUGAUGGUUUGAGUUGGUACCUGGCUGUUAGGUUCUCCUUUUCAGUUGUUGCCCUUGCUAGCCUGGCAUUUGUUCUUCUCCUUCCCUUCCUUUCCUACAGCUCUUUUACUGAUUAUAACAGCGCUAAUUGUGCAAGUUCAUAUAUGGUGCUAAUACUGGUGAAGUAGUGGAUGUGCCUGUGAUUAUCUAUGAACUGUUGCUACCACAUGGGGUGUGUUUUGUGUGUGUGUGUGUGUGUGGGAAUGUGGGAUAGAGAGAGCCACAGCCUGUUCAUGCCACUACCUUUGCUCCAUGAUUCUUUCUUAUUUUCAUGGAAUGGUCAUUAGAUGGCUCCUGUUCAGUGUUGCUACAGUGUGUUCAUAGCCACUGUUUUUGUC